UGAUAUAACUACAUUAGCAUGAAGCGUUUAGGGUUGGUGGGAAUUACUUUCUGGGCUGAAAUAUUGAUUAGAGUCAUGUAAAUGUAGUAGAUUCUUAGAAGAGUUGUCACAAAUUCAAGAUGAAGCUUAAGCUUGAGUCUUACUUAAGGGUUAGCAUUUUCCACAAAAAUUGGGGAACUACUACAGCAUUGUUAUAUUACCAGCUCUGAAAGGUAGCCUAGAAAUUCAAGGUUUUUGGUGGCAGCUGAGUUCCAGUUUUGCAAUUGUGAAUGGUUCCUGAGUAUGCCUGGAAUCCUACUCCGUCCUCCCCCUCUCUGAUUGGCUUUGGAAAGCAAAUAGAGUAUAACAAUAGGAGUUCUGGAAUGUUCCUGUGUGUUUGUACUAUUGUUAACUCUUAUCCUCUCUUUUCAGAGACAAGAGAUUAAGUUAAAACUAGAUGGGAAUCUUCAAAGGAUGUAACAGGAUUUCCCCCUUCUCCCCCCACCCCAACACUGACCUUCAUACCUUCCCAGGCAGGAAGUUUUCCGUGUGUGUGUGUGUGUGUGUGUGUGUGUGUGUGUGUGUGUGACAACAUGAUGGGGCAGGUCCAGCAAUGGGGAAAACCCCAUGGGAGAACACGCCUUUUGUGUACAUUCCCAAUAUUUGCUAUAAGUAGUGCCAUCUCAGUCCCAGGUUGCAAUCAGAACACCACAACACCCCAGAGAACUGGGUACCCAGCACUGAGCACUUCUAUUCUUUGAGCUGAAAAUGAUGGGCUAUAGCAAGAGUUUGCUCCUGGCUGCUUUGAUGUCAGUGCUGCUAUUCCACUUCUGCAGUGAGACAGAAGCAAGCUCCUUCGAUUGCUGCCUUCGAUAUAGAGAACAAGCCAUUCCUAGCAGAUUUAUCAAGGGCUUCACACAGCAGUGGGCCAAUGAUGCUUGUGACAUCGAUGCAGUCAUCUUUUACACAAAGAAAGGGUUGGCUGUGUGUGCAGAUCCAAAGAAGAAAUGGGUGAAACAUGUUGUGCACGUCCUCAGCCAAAGAGUCAAGAAGAUGUAAAAACAGAUGCUCUUUGGAAUGAAAUUGGAUACAGCCCAAAAACAAAAAGAACCUCGCUGGAGUUGGUGGUUUCACUUGCACAUUGUUGAGGGUUUAGCAGUUAUCUGAUUUGUGUCAUUGGACUUAUCCAGUUAAUGAAGUUGAUACAUAUUGCAUCAUACUUUACUUUGUUAAACAUUGCAUUACAGCCAAACUAUUUCAUGUUAAGUUAUUUAUAUAUGUGGGCCUUUUGUUGUGUAUGUUUUACUAUUUAAUAAUAAUUUCUCAUAAACUACUUAGUUUAGUAUGAGGUAUAAAAUUAUGCAUGGAGGAAUAAGAUUAUAUAAACGUUUUUUGCAAGCAGCAGCUCUUUUUAAAAAACUAUUUAACAUUCUUCUGUUUGUAGUUUUGUUUCCUAAAUUGUUGUAAUUACCUGUAAAAGAGAAAAAUGAUGAGAAUAAAUACUAAAACUAAAAUAACCAAA